UUUGAGUAAGAGAUAAGGAAGAGAGGUGCCCGAGCCGCGCCGAGUCCGCCGCAGCCGCAGAGCCUCCGCUCCGUCAGCGCCGCGGGCUCCGAUCGGACUCCCCCGAUCUGCCAAGGGCGAGGGCGCGGCGCAGCGGCCGGGCGGCAGCUCUGCUCCCAAGCCUGGGCAACCCCUGGGGCCACUGUUUUCCCACGUAAGCCACAGCUCCAGCAUCCUCUCUGUGGCUGUUCAACCAACUGUACAACCACCAUUUCACUGUGGACAUUACUCCCUCUUACAGAUAUGGGAGACAUGGGCGAUCCACCAAAAAAAAAACGUCUGAUUUCCUUAUGUGUUGGUUGCGGCAAUCAGAUUCACGAUCAGUAUAUUCUGAGGGUUUCUCCGGAUUUGGAAUGGCAUGCGGCAUGUUUGAAAUGUGCGGAGUGUAAUCAGUAUUUGGACGAGAGCUGUACGUGCUUUGUUAGGGAUGGGAAAACCUACUGUAAAAGAGAUUAUAUCAGGUUAUACGGGAUCAAAUGUGCAAAGUGCAGCAUUGGCUUCAGCAAGAACGACUUCGUAAUGCGCGCCCGUUCCAAGGUGUACCACAUCGAGUGUUUCCGCUGCGUGGCCUGCAGCCGCCAGCUCAUCCCCGGCGACGAGUUCGCGCUCAGGGAGGAUGGGCUCUUCUGCCGCGCCGAUCACGACGUGGUGGAGAGGGCUAGCUUGGGCGCCGGCGACCCGCUCAGUCCCCUGCAUCCAGCAAGGCCGCUGCAAAUGGCAGCCGAACCCAUCUCUGCCCGGCAGCCAGCCCUGAGGCCCCACGUCCACAAGCAGCCCGAGAAGACCACCCGCGUGCGGACUGUGCUGAAUGAGAAGCAGCUGCACACCUUGCGGACCUGCUAUGCCGCCAAUCCCCGGCCGGAUGCUCUCAUGAAGGAGCAACUGGUGGAGAUGACAGGCCUCAGCCCCCGCGUGAUCCGAGUGUGGUUUCAGAACAAGCGGUGCAAAGACAAGAAGCGAAGCAUCAUGAUGAAGCAGCUCCAGCAACAACAACCCAAUGACAAAACGAAUAUACAGGGGAUGACAGGAACUCCCAUGGUGGCUGCCAGUCCAGAGAGACAUGAUGGUGGCUUACAGGCUAACCCAGUUGAGGUGCAAAGUUACCAGCCGCCUUGGAAAGUACUGAGCGACUUCGCCUUGCAGAGUGACAUAGAUCAGCCUGCUUUUCAGCAACUGGUCAAUUUUUCAGAAGGAGGACCAGGCUCUAAUUCCACUGGCAGUGAAGUAGCAUCCAUGUCCUCUCAGCUCCCAGACACACCAAACAGCAUGGUAGCCAGUCCUAUCGAGGCAUGAGAAACAUUCAUUCAGAUGUAUUAUUUUUCCCUGUUGGAGAAAGUGGGAAAUUAUAAUGUUGAACUUGGAAACAAAAAGUAUUUAACGACCCAGUCAAUGAAAACUGAAUCAAGAAAUGAAUGCUCCAUGAAAUGCACGAAGUCUGUUUUAAUGACAAGGUGAUAUGGUAGCAACACUGUGAAGACAAUCAUGGGAUUUUACUAGAAAUUAAAACAAACAAAACCUGAAACCCAACAUAUACUAUUCAAUGACCUUAGAAGUACUGAAGAAACAAACAAACAAAAAAGACAUUUUUAAAACGUAGGGGAUGAAUAUCCAAGGAUCUCAAAAAAAAAAAAAAAAGAAAGAAAGAAAGCAAGCAUUUUCAUUUCCCUUGCACAUCUAAAGAAAUGCAGAAAUAGAAAAAAAUUUCUAGUACAUCAUAAUCUGAAUGGUGCUGUUUCUAUAUUGGUCAUUGCUUUGCCAAACAGGAGCUCCAGCAAAGAACAAGAAGAGACUGGCAUCAGUGGCUGAAAAUCUUUCAGGAAGGUGGGAGCUGCAUUGGUGUGCGAUGUUUUUAGUUGACUUACCAAGGGGUUCAUUGAAAUCCUAAGCUUCUUAGCAUGUUCUACAGCUGGUUUCUUUUUACUUUGGUCCCUUUCCAUUUUUUUUUUUUGAGAUCCAUCCUCUAUCAAGAAGUCUGAAGCGACUUUAAAGGUUUUUGAAUUCAGAUUUAAAAACCAACUUAUAAAGCAUUGCAACAAGGUUACCUCUAUUUUGCCACAAGCGUCUCGGGAUUGUGUUUGACUUGUGUCUGUCCAAGAACUUUUCCCCCAAAGAUGUGUAUAGUUAUUGGUUAAAAUGACUGUUUUCUCUCUUUCUGGAAAUAAAGAGGAAAAAAAAGGAAACUUUUUUUGUUUGCUCUUGCAUUGCAAAAAAAUUAUAAAGUAAUUUAUUAUUUAUUGUCAGAAGACUUGCCACUUUUCAUGUCAUUUGACAUUAUUAUUUUUUUUGUUUGCUGAAGUAAAAAAAAAGAUAAAGGUUGUACCGUGGUCUUUGAAUUAUAUGUCUAAUUCUAUGUGUUUUGUCUUUCCUUUCUUAAAUAUUAUGUGAAAUCAAAGCGCCAUAUGUAGAAUUAUAUCUUCAGGACUAUUUCACUAAUAAACGUUUGGCAUAGAUAACUAAAUAAACGCA